AUGGCUUUGAUGCUGCCACUCAGCUGGUCGGGGUUCGCCCACAACGUCAGCGGCCGGCUCUCGCUGCUGGGCGACCGUCUGUCCGAGAUGACCAGCGUUAGCUGGCGCAGCGGCCGCUCGUCGGGCUCGCUGCGCAGCCCCGGCCGGCCCUGGUCCCGCGUCUCCCGCAAACGCUGGAGCCAGACCACGCUGGAGGACCCGCUGCUCGGCUGCAAGACGGCCUGGCCGGUGACGCUCGUCGAGUCGCUUUUCCUGCCCGACUUCCCGAUCCGGGAGCGGUGCCACGAGACUCUGUACCGGGUGGUGAAGACGCUGGGGUCGGGCGCCUUUGGCAAGGUCUACCAGGUGGCGCACGAGGAGGCUGGCGAAUCGUACGCCCUGAAGAUACUGUCGAAAGCCCACGUGGUGCGCGAGGGUGCCAUCGCCCAGGUCAAGGACGAGGUCAGCAUCCAGGCGGCGUGCGGCCACCACCCGUACGUGGUGGCCUGCCCGGAGCGCUGGCAGACCCGCAAGCAGCUGUUUGUCCUGCAGGAGCUGGUGCCGGGCGGGGAGCUGCGCGACCUCUGGAUGCGGCACGGCUCACUGCACGAGCAGCUAGUACAGCUGUACGUGGCCGAACUAGCCACCGCUUUGGACUUCCUGCACAACGCUGGCGUGAUAUUCCGGGACCUGAAGCUGGAGAACGUGCUGCUGGACGGCGAGAUGCAUGUAAAGCUGAUCGAUUUCGGCCUGGCCAAGUGGCUGCGGCAUGGCGCCCGCACCCAGACGCUGUGCGGCACACUGCAGUACGUGGCGCCGGAGCUGCUGGACCUGCAGGCGUACUCGCACGCCGUCGACUGGUGGUCGCUCGGCGUGGUCGCCUUCUGCCUGCUUUCGGGGAGCGUCCGUAUCAGACCACAUCGCCGAUCGCCGCGCCGCCAGGGAACUGUGAGUUGGGCUUUUGUCGUCGGAUGA